GGAGUCCACGCCGGACGAGCUGCCGUCGGACGCCGAGGAGCAGCUGCGCAGCGGCGAGCAGCAGCUGGAGCUGAGCGGGCGGCGGCUGCGGAGGCUGCCCGGCGCCGUGUGCGCGCUCGGCCGCCUGCAGAAGCUGUACGUGAGCGGCGCGGGGCUGCGCGAGCUGCCCGAGGAGAUCGAGGAGCUGCGCGAGCUGCGCAUCCUGGCGCUGGACUCCAACAAGCUGGAGCGCCUGCCCGACGGGCUGUGCCGCCUGCCGCGCCUCGCGCGCCUCUACCUGGGCGGCAACCGGCUGCGCGCGCUGCCCGCCGACUUCGCGCAGCUGCAGAGCUUGCGCUGCCUCUGGAUCGAGGGCAACUUCUUGCGGCGCUUUCCGCGGCCGCUGCUGCGCCUCGUGGCGCUGCAGUCGUUGCAGAUGGGCGACAACCGGCUGCGCGCGCUGCCGGCCGAGCUCCCGCGCAUGACCGGCCUGCGCGGGCUCUGGCUUUACGGGAACCGCUUCGAGGAGUUCCCGCCCGCGCUGCUGCGCAUGGGCCGCCUGCACAUCCUCGACCUGGACCGCAACCGCCUGGGCGGCUUCCCUGACCUGCAACCCCUGCGCGCGCUGCGCGUCUUCUCCUACGACCACAACCCGGUCACUGGGCCCCCACGCGUCGCCGACACAGUUUUCCUCGUGGGCGAGGGCGCCGUAGAGCGCAUGGCUGAGCGCGACGAACCCACGCCGCGGGUACCACCCCGCCGCCCCGCACGCGCCUUCGAGGACGACGAGGAGGAGGAGCUGCUGAUCGGGGGCGCAGGCGCCCGGGUCCUGGGAAACUCCGCGGGCGGCCCCAGGGCCCUGGAGGCCCCACCAGGCCUGGGCACCUGAAGCUGGGCUGUGGGUGGUCCGCGAGGCCAGUCCGGGGGCGUCAGAGAGGUUCGGUAGAGAGGAACCCCUGGAGCCUGGGGUGGCCUGGGACCAUCCUAACACCUCUGGGUGGAAAUCUGAUACCCCAGCAGAGGAGCCAGCUUCCUCCUGGAGCCGGGUCGCUGUUCUUGCACAAUUAUCUGGCCGCCAGGGCGUCUACACCCUCCUCCUGGGGUUUGGCUCUCCUGGACCACUCCAUCUGGUUCCUGAGCAGCUGCUUCUGGGGUGCACUGUGCCGGGCGGAGCUGCCUGAGGAGAGGCAGGGCUAGGCCCAGGGCAACGGAGUGGGAGAAGCCGCCCGGCCCUCCAGGCCCCCACUGCACACCUCCCCCAGGCUCCCCAGUGUCUCUGGGGCUCCCUCCCCACCUUCCCUUCUGGACUCUCCUCCCAGCUUGUGCCUGGCAUUUUGCUGGGCAGAGAGCUCCCCCACCUCCCAACAGCCUGAGCCGACAGCUGUCAAGUUUGCAAAGGAGCCGCUGUGCCUGCCUGGCCUCCUGCACCAAGGACAGGGCUCCAGGCCUCUCCGCAGCCUGCGCUCUCCAUUCCCUUACAUGGGCACAGCUGGGCUGGCUGGCACCGGUGGGGCACGGCUGGGCGCUGGGUGCCUCACUCCGUCACCAGGGACUGUCUGGAGGGCGUGCAGAGAGAGCCCUGCCCUCCAUUCCCAGGGCCAGCUCUUUCUCAUCCAAGCAAUAAGGGGAGGAGGGCCGGGGACACUCAGGGAUGCAGUCAGGCAGAGGCCCUCAGGGCAGUGUUUUCUUUAGGAAGAAAACUGACUGUACUCAUAAAUUAUAUUUCUUGGAGGAAGACUA